AUGGCGCCCAACAUCAUCGUCUCCCGUCCAACGUUUCCAACCUACCUUCUCCCAAGCUUCAACAUCAUUCCCUUCCGCCGCCGGACCUCGUCCGCAGCAGCAGCAGCAGCACCUUCGACUUCAACUUCGACUUCGACACCUCCUCUCCAAAUCCUCAUCCGCCCCCGCUCCUCCUCCCUAGCACGAACCCAACCAGACACCCUCCGCUGCUCAACUUGCUCCUGCGACAUCGCCUUCUCCUCCCAAAUCGUAAGCAAAGGCUUCACAGGCCGCUACGGCCGCGCCUACCUCAUCGCGCCGACCGUCGUCACCGCCUACAACACCCUCGCCAACGUCCGCAUAGGAAAAUGCGAAAACCGCCAGCUCGUUACCGGAUGGCACGUCGUCGCGGACAUCACCUGCGUCCUCUGCAACGCGAAACUCGGGUGGAAAUACGUCGACGCCAAGGAGCUCAGUCAAAAGUACAAGGUUGGCAAGUUCAUACUCGAGGUCGAGCGCGUGGUGCCCUUUCGUAGCUGGGAAGACGUUGAUGUUCGGGACGAAGAGGAUUAUGAUGACGAAGACGACGUAUCAGAGGACGAGGAAUCUGUGGAGGUCGCAUUCGAUUCUGAGGACGAGGACGACCUCGAGGAUAUGUUCUCUGGAAAUUGGGACCCAGAGGUUGUGGCGAAGAGACGGAGCCGCCGAGUGGCGACGGCGCGGAAGAAGUAG